AUGACGCUGGGUGAAUGCAAUCGCCCGACUAUCAAAGGGCGCCAGUUAGAUUGGUCUCCGCUGAAGGUGGCGAACAAGCCCGAUGAGUUCACCAACGCUGGCGUCUGGAGGGAGAGACAGCCACAAAAGCUCGACAGCAACAUUCAUUGGCAAAACGUAGACCAAAUCAACACAAAUUGGGUACCGCUGCGCAUCAAUGGCCGGCCACAAAACCCAUUCUUCAUAAAUGCGAGUGAAGAUCCUUACCAAGCACAGCCCUAUGGUAUGCAAGCCAAGCUCUUGUCUAGUGUAAAAAAUUCCGUGGGCGCACCAGCACUCUUGGCAGGUGUUGCAGCGAGUUGUAUCAAGAAUAGGGAAACCAGCGGAACGACCCGUCGCGGCGACCGCCACGCCGAACUAGUCAGAAUGCUUACACCCUCAGCGAGCUUCAAGGUUUCCGUGACUUUGGGAACAAGUCCACAGCAACAUUCCCUCUGA